AGCAGGUCCAAGAAAUAUGUCUCGAACCAGAAACAGGAGAUUUACGGCUAAAGUGAUCACCAAAGGCAUACAGCUUAUUUAACCUCUCUAUUUUUUUUUUUUCUAUUUCAUGUGCAAGAGACUAUUCUCUUGUAAAUCAUACAAACCGUCCUCAGCCAAUCAUUAAUCAUCCAUCCUAUUUAUCUUUCUUUUUUCUUUUAUAAAUACGGUAAAAAGAUGAAGAGACUAGCUGCUAGGUGUAGUGAAUCAUUUCUCUAGUCUACAUCAAUAGCAAAAGAAACAAACUUAGCAAAUUAAGCAUGAUAUAAAUGUGGAUAUCAAACAUGCCAGUCACAUGUAUGUAUACAUUAGCUCAUACACUCAUUCUCUCUAUAAGACCUCCAAGAAUUUGUAAAAGGUUCACACAUGCCACUUAUAAAGUACUAAAUACGUUGUGAGACAAUUUUAAUAUUUAUCUUUGGUCCAUGGAAAAUUCAUUCAAAGGUUUGAGAAAAGGUACAUGGACUGCUGAAGAAGAUAGUCUCUUGAGGCAGUGCAUUGAUAAGUAUGGAGAAAGCAAAUGGCACCAGGUUCCUUUAAGAGCUGGGCUAAAUCGGUGCCGAAAGAGUUGUAGACUAAGAUGGUUGAACUAUUUGAAGCCAAGUAUUAAGAGAGGAAAAUUUUGCUCUGAUGAAGUAGACCUUCUUCUUCGCCUGCACAAGCUUCUAGGAAAUAGAUGGUCCUUGAUUGCUGGUCGAUUGCCUGGUCGGACUGCUAACGAUAUCAAGAAUUAUUGGAACACCCAUUUGAGUAAGAAGCAUGAUGAACUAUGUUGUAAGACGAAGAUGAUAAACAGAAACAUUACUUCCCAUCCUACUACUUCGGCCCAAAAAAUCGAUGUUUUAAAGCCUCGACCUCGAUCCUUCUCCGAUAAAAAUAGUUGCAACGAUCUCAAUGUCCUGCCAAAAGUUGACGUAGUUCCUUCAUGGUUUGGACUCAACAACAAUAAUGUUUGUGAAAGGAGUAUCACAUGUAACAAAGAUGAGCAGAAAGAUAAGCUUACUAAUAAUCUAAUGGAUGGAGAUAAUACUUGGUGGGAGAGUUUACUGGAGGAGAGUCAAGAGGCAGAUUUAUUCGGUCCAGAAGCUACGAUAACAGAAAAAGGAGAGACCUCGGCGUUUGACGUUUCGAAACUUUGGGGUUUGUUUCAUGAAGAGACGGUGGAACUAAAUUAGUGUUGCUCACCUGUGUGUAGGGUUGCUUUUAUGAAUUUGAACGAAUAAUCACCGGCAUUUUUAACUAUUUUUAUGUGAUGCUUGGAGCGAAACUAAUAUUACAUGCUGUGGUUUUGGAACUCCGUGAAUUACGGGCUUUGGCCCAGAACCUCUUGGUAUUAAAAAAAAAUAAUAAUAAUGCAAUUUUU